UGCCGAAAGCCAGAAGAAAAACGUGUGAAGAGGACGUGAAGUUGUCGCGUCAGUUUUGCCACACGGCUUUGUUCAGUUUUUUGCGUUGAAGGGACUUAAGAGUUUUCUUAUUGAAAGGCAAUCAUGUUCGACUCGAAGAUUAAGGUGCCCAAGUAUGACUCGGAUGCAUUUGACAAUGUCGAGUACGAGCUGCAGAUGACCUACACCCUGGAGACGGAUCGUCGCAUCAUGAGCUUUUACGAUGCCAUGUGGGGCAUUGAGGUAACUGGCGGCAGCGAUCAGUUCGAGCCGUUGACCAUUGUUAAUGUCUCGCCCACUGGCCUGGCCAAGCGUGGUGGCAUGCGUAUCGGUGAUGAGAUCACCCAGAUCAAUGAUGUGCCCGCUUUGGAGAUGACCUUCAAUGAGGCGUUGCAACUCUUUCGCAGAAGCUCUCGCUAUGUGCGUGUAUUUGUGCGCGGUGAUGACGAUGCGCCAGCUGAGGAGGAUUGGACCUGUGACUGUUGGUUCAAGCCCAGGAAGCCUUGGAAGCGUGACUUUACGCCUAUUCAGUGGACAUUCCCGUGGAACGAUCGUCGUAAGCCAGUGUACAAGGAAUCCAACUGCUUUAUGGUGCCCAGCAAAAUGGAGGAGAAGAUUCGCGCAAGACGUGCGGCUACCUCAGCGGUGCACAAGAAGGAGGAUGCGGCGCCACACACCCGUUCGUUGACCCCAACGCCUAGGCCCAAGAAUCAGCCUGGACCCAAUCUAUUGGAGAGUGUGCUACGUCCACGGGGCCCACCACCAAGGGACUAAGAUUAGAUGAGAAACUCAACCAAAAUCUGGACGAAUCUACUGAGCAGCAGGCAGUGCUGAAUCCGCUGCAGUGCAUCACAAUCUGUCGAGUGUCAAGUGCUGACUGGGAAGCAAUUUUAAUUUGCCAGACACAAUUAAGUCGAAGUACCAAGUAGCAUUCUAAAGAUGGCAUUCAAGCAAUAUGCCAAAGUUGUUGACAUGAAUAAAUGGUACUGACUUCAAAUAAGUUGGCAUCGAUUGAGCAAA